AAAGAUGUCAACUUUGGGAAUAAAGUUUGUGCCUUUGUGGUUCUCAAUUCAGCUUUCUCUAAGUUUGUGACAAACAACAAACUGAUGUGGAGUUGUGAUCUUGUUUUUGAUCAAGAUUGUGACUUUUGUGGUGGGAUUAUUCCAAAUAAAUCAGUUUUGUCUUUGUAGGUUCUGUUGGCUGCAAUUAUUGGCACUGAUCUUUAUUAAUUUGAGAACUCUUAUUGGAAACCAUUCUAAGAUAAGAAGUUGCUUCUUUUUCUAUCUCAUUGGUAUCCUCAGUUGGAACUUUUUUUGUUUUGGGAGAAGAAACCAACUGGAUUUUAAACUAAGUUUGUUUUCUUGGAGAUGGAGCUUGGCGUUGUUUGGACCAUACGGCCACUUGUGUGUUAGUUCGAUUGAUUGUUACUUUUUUUUUUGUGUCAGCAUCAUGCUUGAGAGUUGACAGAGAUGGAGAGGCAGAAUCAUCACAAGUUCUGAAAAAGGACAAAACCUUUUUCUGAUGCAACUCACGUUUUCACUUCACAAGCUCCAAAAGAGUUUACUUGGGAAAACAAAAGUUUGACGAAUGCAAAACCAAUUUUGUUAGCAUAAGACCAAAACCCACUCCUUCUUCUGCCUCGUUGCGUGUAUUUGAGUUGCUAUUAUUUUGAGAGAGAAAGAGAGAGAGAGAGAAAAUGUCUACUUGUUUGCUGUGUCUUGUGUUACUGUUCUUCUCUGUUGUUGCAGAAGCAACUUACUCACCAGGAGGUUUCCACCAUCUUUCUUCUCUAAGACAAAAGAAGAAAGCCUCCAAGUCAAAGCCAGAGUUACCUUUUGAGACUCGUUACUUCCCUCAGAAUCUUGACCACUUCAGUUUCACACCUGAGAGCUACAAAGUCUUCCACCAGAAGUACCUCAUCAACAGCCGUUUCUGGCGCAAAGGUGGCCCCAUCUUCGUCUACACUGGAAAUGAAGGAGACAUCGACUGGUUUGCUUCAAACACUGGUUUCAUGUCCGAUAUUGCUCCCAAGUUCCGGGCUCUUCUUGUUUUCAUUGAACACCGGUUCUAUGGAGAAUCAACGCCAAUUCGGAAGAAGUCUCAUAAGUCGGCUGAGACAUUGGGUUACCUCAACUCUCAGCAAGCGUUGGCUGAUUUUGCGAUCCUGAUAAGAAGCUUGAAGCAGAAUCUAUCGUCCGAGGCAUCUCCUGUGGUUGUCUUUGGUGGCUCUUAUGGUGGAAUGCUUGCAGCAUGGUUCAGGCUCAAGUAUCCCCACAUAGCAAUCGGUGCAUUGGCAUCCUCCGCUCCAAUACUUCAUUUUGAUAACAUUGUACCAUUGACGAGCUUCUAUGAUGCCGUUUCUCAGGAUUUCAAGGAUGCGAGUAUGAAUUGUUUCAAAGUCAUCAAGAGAAGCUGGGAAGAGCUAGAUGCAGUCUCAACUAAGAAAAAUGGCUUGCAAGAACUCAGCAAAAAGUUCCGAACUUGCAAAGGCCUUCAAUCUAGAUAUUCAGCCAGCAAUUGGUUAAGUGGAGCAUUUGUUUAUACAGCCAUGGUUAAUUAUCCAACUGCAGCUAAUUUCAUGGCGCCACUGCCUGGUUAUCCCGUGGAGGAGAUGUGUAAGAUCAUCGACGGGUUCCCUCGAGGAUCUAGUAAUCUUGACCGUGCCUUUGCUGCUGCAAGCUUAUACUACAACUAUUCAGGAUCAGAAAAAUGCUUUGAGAUGGAACAACAAACUGAUGAUCAUGGACUCAAUGGUUGGCAAUAUCAGGCGUGCACAGAGAUGGUGAUGCCAAUGAGCUGCUCGAACCAGAGCAUGCUCCCUCCGUACGACAAUGACUAUGAGGCAUUCGAAGAACAGUGCAAGAGUAGAUACGGAGUCAAGCCUCGACCCCAUUGGAUCACAACCGAAUUUGGUGGAAUGAGGAUAGAGACAGUAUUGAAGAGAUUUGGAAGCAACAUCAUAUUCUCCAAUGGAUUGCAGGAUCCUUGGAGCCGUGGAGGAGUUCUGAAGAACAUUUCAAGUAGCAUCGUCGCGCUAGUGACCAAGAAAGGAGCUCACCAUGCAGAUCUCAGGGCUGCUACAAAAGGUGACCCGGAGUGGCUGAAAGAGCAGAGGACACAAGAGGUUGCCAUUAUAGAGAAAUGGAUCAGUGAGUAUUACAGAGAUUUGAGAGGAGAAAAUUAGUAAAUAAAAGAGUGAAGCCAAAGAACAGGUUUAUGGCACGAAAUCAGCAAAUAAAGACAUUUGUGUACUGUGUUUUGUUAUGCUUGUAAUAACAAAGUAAAAGUUACACUUGUGUCAUUGAAAGAUGUGGACAGUUUCAUGUAGUUACGAAAAGAUGGUAAGGCAGUUUCGUUCUUGUCGAAACAUGUAAGGAUAUCUCACAAAUACCGAAAGCUGUGAGACAAUUUCGUAAAUACAGAAAGCUGUGAGACAAUUUCGUAAA